AACAAAAGAAAAACCUCAAUAUCCAAAAUCCAAAGCCAAUCUCAAAAAACCCAACAAAAAGGAAAAAACUAACAAAUCUCAAUAUUCUCAACCCUUUUUCCUUGUGGAAGAGUAGAAAAAAAAAAUAAACACCAUGCAAGAAGACCUUCAAGCCAAGUCACUGGAACCUAUUGAAGAUUGUCCAAGAAGUGAUAUGAUGUUUGGGUGGAUAGAACCCAAACAAGAUAAAAACAGCAGCAAGUGUCUUGUUUACAUUCUUGCUAUUAUGGUCAUCCAAGGAUCCAUCCUCUUGGUUUUAGCCAACAUUUUUUUACGUGCCCGAACGCCUGAUUUCGAGAUCGGCUCCGUCAAAGUUAGAAACCUCAAGUAUGGUAAUUCAUCGGCUCCAUCUUUUAACUUCACACUCGUGACCCAAGUCACCGUUGAGAACACCAAUUUCGGAGAGUUCAGGUUUGACAAAAGUACGGGGACUGUAUGGUGUGGGUCUGAAGUUGUGGGGCUAAUGAAAAUACCUAAAGGGAUAGCUCAAGCUAGGGCAACUGAGAAGAUGAAGGUUUCUAUAAAUUGGUGGCGGGGCAUGAAGCUCCGAUCACUGGCGGAACCAUCGUUUUUGGGCCCAGCAGCCAACUUCUCUUAUCCUCAUGCAAACAACCAAUCUGCUGCUUUCACGGUUUCACCCUCAUGCAAACCCAUGCACCGUGCACCAUUCCUUUAUAUAAAUCCCAGCAGGAGGCAACAUAAUAUCAACACAGUCCGCUUCCUUCUUGUCUUCUCGGUGGCUGCUUGUAUUUUUGCAGCUAAAGCAUCCACAUUUGAUGCAGAUACACGUUGAUUGAUGGAUGAAAUCCAUGUAUACAAUUGUUGAAUCAUCCUACCUUGAAACAAUCUGCUUAUGAUGGGUGAAGAGAAAAAUAAAAUAACGAUUGCUUGAUUUU